CAGUCGAUAGCCUUUCCCAAUCAGGGCAAGUGGUCGUACACUGUGGCACAGCGGAAAUGCCAUUACUUUGAAGUGAACACCGCUUUGUACGUAAACUCCAGCAUUUCCAUCAAAAUCUCAUGUGAUUCCCAAGAGGACAAAGACGUGUCCGUCAAAGUCGGGUGGACUCUGAGAGAGACGCCGUGUUUUGAGGAGUAUUUGGGACCAGAGAUUGCGUUGCCGGAAUACCUGAAGUGGUAUUACUAUUGCCCGGCCAUACAGAUCGGCGACUUUGGCUACGAUCGGGUCCACUAUCUCAAGACCAAUGAGAUUGAGAUUAAGUGCAACCAAUUGAAGACAUUAUCGCCAAAAGCGAAGUUUGUAACUGAGAUGAUAAACCAGAACAGCACCCGAACCUCCUGUUCCCCACCGGACCUCACGUGCAGUAGUUCUCCAGAGACCACACUUCUGACACUAAUCGGUGACAAUUCGGGACAACAACUGGUUUGGGACGACACGUCGUCUUCGGGUUCGCAAAAACAACUGAAGAGAUCCUAUUCCUCGUCAUCCGAGUCGCUGCCGACACCUCUGUCCAGAAGGCGACGCGAUUUAAGUCGAAUGACUUCCAUGUCGGAGAAUGAGAUAAUAGUGCCCAACGAUGGCGUCUAUCUGUUAGUCGUUUACAUCGAGUCGUCAGAUAAUAGCAAACUAUUCAACGCCGAAGUCGACAUCGAAAUGAUGGGCCAAAGCGGACACCACUUGUCGGCCAUCGACUGGCCUCUACUGCCCUUCUAUGGCGUGAUGUGUGCGGUGUAUGUGUUGUUCGCCUUCGGCUGGCUAUUCGUGUCGUUCAGCCAAUGGCGAGAUCUGUUGCGCAUCCAGUUCUGGAUCGGAGGCGUCAUAUUCCUCGGGAUGUUUGAAAAGGCGGUGUUUUAUGCGGAGUACCAGUCCAUCAACUCGACGGGCGUG